AUGUCUAGUUUCAAUGAUAGUUUAGAUGAUUGCUUGGUUACGCUAUAUGAUUACUCCUCGAAUUUCUAUAUUAAUGUUGAAUUAAUUCAAAAAUUGGCUCAACAUUUGAAGUUGGAUACUUUUGUUGAUAAAGAUGCUUAUUCACAUAUUUUUGAACCUACCAAGAGCUCUGAAAGAGUUAAGUUCCAACGGUUAUCAAUAGCUGGGUCGUUUAUUUUAAUCGAUAUUGAUUUCACUGAAAUAAACAAGAUUAUAAAGGUGUCAUUGUCUUUGGCAAACCAUAUUGAUGAAACGAACGGGAAUAUACCCAACUUUGAUUUAAAGAGCCAUGUAACGAUAGGGGAGAAAGACGAACAAGGGAAUAUGUUGGUGGAAAUUGACUCCACCGAAAAUAAGUUAACAUUUCUAACCAAGGGAAACCAGGAAGCAGAACCAUCUGCUGAUGACAUUUUACUCUCGAGUCUACAGGCAGAGAAGUUAGGGAAAUUUCCAUUCAAUUUGAAAUUUCUAGCUACUUUAGAUAGAUUAUCAUCUACUGAUGAAGAUUUAUUUUUGUAUUUAGAUAAGACUGCGGUGAUAUUGCAAACUGCAUACUUGCUUGAAACUAAACACAACGAAGAUUGGUUAUAUACCGAGGGGCUUUAUACCAGUGUUGGUAAAAUAUCGACAAACGAUCCGAAAAGUUCACAAUUGGGUGUUUUCAUUGAUUUUUGGAACGAUUUUAGAUAUAUAAACCACGAGUAUACAACCUCGGAUUCGAGUACACUCCUCAUGGGUAAUAGUUACAAAGGGUUCUUAAAUAUUAAAGCAUCCAAUUCAACCCAAAAGGACUACCUACUUCAAAACAAAGAAAGUAUUUGGAAAUUAGUUGGUAGGGAUGAAGUAAUAGAAAGUUACAAACUUGCGUUCAAUGAUGGCCCACAACCAAAAGCACCUUCAACAGCAACAUCAUCAAUCAAAAGCUCGAACAAAAAUAAUUCAAACUGGAUACUUUCGUUGGACCUAAAUUAUCCAGUUUUUGUACAUUUACAGGUCCUUGAAUUUCUUGGAAUAACUGAUUAUGAAAAGAGUAAUGAGAAAAUAAUCGAUUCCGACCUAUUCGAUAAGUUGAACGAUAGUAAUGAAUACAAUUAUAACUCGGGUAUCAAUAAAGAUUCCCCUUCAAAAUUGCAUAUAACACAACAAAUUUCACAAGAAUACAUUCCGCUUACUUCAGUGUCGCUCAAUUCGUUAACGAAUCUAAUUCAGUUGAUUCCAUUAUUCCGUAAUUACAUUGUUCUUGCCAAUUUACUUCGUACUUUAAUAAAGGAAACAGCAAGUAACCCGUUCAUCUUUGUUGGAAUAAAUGGUGUCUCGACCAGGGCUGGCGAAAUGUCUACAGAGACUAAGAAUAGAUUAAAGGCAUCACUUAAAUUACCCGAUGAUGUAACCGACGAAGAAUUGAUGGGAUUGAGUGCUGUUUCUGAUAAUAGUGCGUUUUCAACAGCACAAAUAAAUAAACCAAAUACUGUUGACUUGACUUCUUUUAUGAAUGAUGGAUUAUCUGAAGUAGAAAAACCCCCGGCAUCUAUUGAGGAUCUGUAUAUUCUGUUUUCGUUAGACGAUAUUGAUUAUUGUUCUUCUACUUACGACUUAUUAAUAUCAAUAGAUGGGUUAUUGGUGAACUCAAAAGACGAACUUGUUGACUUUGAAGUGAAAUUUAAAAUACUGAAUGGUGUUAUGUCUAAAAUUAAACCUGACGAUCAAGAGGAUGUUAAUAUGGACGAUGACAACGAGCUGAUUGACAAAAACGAAAAGUUCAUUAAAGGAUUAAACGUAACCGAAGAUAUUAUAAAAGUAUUAAAAUAUGUUUAUUUAGAUUAG